AUGAAGACUUCUUUCCAGGUGAGCCCCACUGGGCCCGUUCUUACCGUGCUUCAGCGAAUAUCAAACUUUCCUUCCACUGAGCAUCUUCUUCUGCUUUCCCAGAGGUCUGCCUUUUUAUCCACAUACAAGCAUUUCUAUCGUCUUCGGCAUCUCGUCUCACUGAAGCCAUACAACCCAGAACACUACUGCCGACUUCUUCGACGCCGCUACCUUCGAAGUGAUUUCAAUCUCAGAAGAAAAAAGGUUUUAGGGAUCUCGGAGGAUCUCUCCCAUGAGGAAUUGAUAAAGCGCCUCCAUAAUACUUAUGUCUUUGUCUUCAACUCUACUUGUCACGCUAUAGAUGAACCAGACCCAGUGAGAACUUACGAAGACUAUAAAUCAGCCAUGGAGCCUCGAUUUGAAAGCAAAAUUCUAGACACCAUUCUUAAAUUGGAUGAGCUAGCGCCCAGCCAGAUAAAGUUCGACCUGGACUAUAAUUGGUUUGAUAAGGCGCGAGAGGUAGAAGAAGAGUUAUCUCUGGGCACCCUCACCAAACAACGAGCCAGAGAACUCAACCGUUCUAGAGAAGUUGUUGGAAUUGGCUAUGCUGACUACGAAAGAUCAAUAAUGGCCCUAAAUGAAUCGCUAGAUCUCUGUCUUUAA